AUGAGAAAAUCAUUGAUACGAUUUAAAGAAAACUCUUUACAAAUAUUUUGCAAUAUUUUGAAAAUCGACGGAGUCACUUGUAAGGAAGACACACCAUUCUGCUAUGACAAAAGUUGUGCGUACGUGUACACGGCUAAUAGGAAGACAGCAUGUCCUGGACACGACAAAGCUAGCCGUAUCAGAGUCAUCUGGGGUAAAGUCAUCCGAUCUCACGGAAACAGCGGAGCUGUACGAGCUAAGUUCAGGAAGAAUCUGCCAUCAUCAGCCAUGGGAAAAAGAGUCAGAGUCAUGCUGUACCCAUCAAGGAUAUAGAAAUAUGUACAAAUGAAAAAAAUAAAUUUAAAAAAACCCUAAA